AUGUCUACUGAACCAAACCCAGACAAAUACUCCGUAGGCAUCGACGUUGCCACUAACAUUGAAAGGAUUUUCGCCAUAGUGAUAACCUACGCCGGCCCCAACAUCCCCAUCCGUGUUUGGACGCCUGGAAACGAUGAUGACUGGUGUAUACCGUCUGUUAUGGCUUACGAUGCCAACGGUGGAUUUGUUUGGGGUCACCAGGCUGUCGAUCGCGAUGACGCAUUAGCCUGGACGAAACUUCUUGUUGACGGAUCGCCGGCUUUGGAUAUACGCGGAUCCAAGCUAGAAGGCAUCGUGACUGGGAGAAUAGGUACAACAGGUGGAAGAUCAGUAGAGACAGUCAUCGGGGACUUUUUGGGUGCACUUCGAUUGCAAAUUCUUGCGACACUCCGGACACAUACGGUGAAUCCUCAGGUAACUUGGUGCCUGGCCAUGCCAGGCUGCUGGUCUCCUGUUGGAUCGCAGGUAUUCCGAGAUGCCGUUACGCAUGCCCGCCUCGAGUUGCCAGGCCACCAGGUAAUAUACACUUCUGAGUCUUGGGCUGCGGCCCGAUGGGUUGAAUUCAGUCUCAGGGCCAGUCAAGGCAUCCAGUCUGGGGAUGUGCUCCUAGUUUGUGAUUGUGGCGGAGCCACAACGGAUCUAGACAUAAUCGAGGUGGACGGAUUACCGCCCCACGACUUGAAGGCCCCGCACGCGCCAAGAAGUCUGGUCCAGCAACUUCGCAAUAGGUUCCACAGCACCCAGGUUUUCCGGCGUGGUCAGCCUGCUGCUAUCGCGCGCCGUGCUGUUAAUGAAGCCAAGCAGCAGUUUACUGGCGAGGACGGGAGCCACGUUGACGUUCAGAUCUUGAGGGGGCAGGCUCUUGUCCCCCAUCGAUUUGAUUUCGCGGAUCUCGUCGCCGCCUUUCGUCCGCUGGUAACCAAGGUUUAUGAUUUGAUCUCGCAGAUGAUCGGAGGAUACCGAGGUAAAGUAACCAAGGUCGUCGUGGUAGGAGGAAUGAGUAAAUCCCAGUACUUCCGCGAGUACAUGCGAAACUGCCUCGACGAUCUUCCCGCGGACAGCCGGCCAGAGUUGUUGGGUCCCAUAACCCAGGCUAUUAGUGCCGUCGCGCGCGGGGCGGUAUUGCAGGCGAUCGAUCAGCCACGACGCGUUGAGAGCUUGAAAGGCUAUGAGCUUUCCCUUCCCUUCAUCGAACCAGGGCACAAUGGGUUUACAAACGGCUGUCAAACGUUUGUUGCCAUCAGACAGAGUGUGAGAGAGGGAUUGGCUAACACCAUUGACCCUAUAAGGGGUGCAGGGAUGUUCCGCGGCAAGGAGAGUUCCCAGCGGUACCGUCCUCGUGAAUUACACCCCAGCUACCGCACCCACCCAAAUGCAGCACAGCUUGGAGACGCUCUGGCGGGGGCAGGUGGCUUACCGUGA